UUGGGUUUGCCAUUGCCGCGAACCGAGACUAAAAGACAAAAAUAGAACACAAUUCAUUUAAGAAUGGAUCGAAGUUUGAGUUUCGGAAAACCAGGAAGAGUCAAGCUCUGAUGAGACAAUAAACUUUCUUAGUGUUCAUGGAACUAUGGCACAAUACGUUGAAAAUGAAAACGAAAGGCGGAUAUUUGGCAGUUUUACCAGAGAGUUGUGGACAGUCUUCAAGAAGUAUGAUGAUGAUGGUAAACUGAAGAUCUCCAACAUCCGUUCAGCUUUCAAUGAUCUCAACCUUUUCCCUUCAUAUUCUCAGGUCCAAGAGAUGGUGCAUUGUGCUGUGGAGUAUGGCAGUCCUUGCAUGGCUGAUCAUGUAACGUUUGGGGAAUUCUGUGUGCUGGUGGAUGAGCUGCGGCACCAUUAUGAAACAUGCUUUACCCAGCCACUUCCACAAUCCGUUCUGCCCAGCAAAGUGCAGGCUCAUGGCACUGAAGGAAGACGGAAGCGAAAAGAUAGCUCAUCCAAUUUUCAAGUGUUCCUUGGUGGAUCUUGUGGUUCACCCAAAGGGCCAAGUCUUUGGCGACAGCAAGAAGCAAUCCCAUACCUUAAACAACAUAAUAUUACAUUUUACAAUCCACAGGUUAACACCUGGCGACCAGAGCUAAUAGAACUAGAAGACAGGGCAAAACAGGUGGCUGACCUGCUGCUCUUUGUAAUCGAGAAUUGUACAAGAGCUGUUGUCUCCCUUUGUGAAAUAGCCUAUCUUGUUGGUUGCCAGCGGCAAAUCGUUGUCAUGUUCAAAGAUCUGAAAGGAGAUGUGUUCUCUGUCUGCGAUGAGACCAUUUCAGAAAGAGAAAAGGAGGAUUUGCGACGUGGACGACAGGUACUCAUUGACAUAAUAGAGCGAAAUGGUAUUCCAGUCUUUGACAACAUGAAUAAAGCCUUGGACUGUUUGUCCCUCAACAUUCAUCAGGGUGUUAGGAUACAAGACCUGACACUUUCGCAUGGUGCUCAGCCUGUGAAACAUGGUCAUAUGCUUGUAGGGGAAGCACUGCUUAAACUCCGGGAAACCUUCAACUCGAUUACAUGUGACAGUGAGGGCAGAAUCACCAAAGACGAGCUGCGGCUUGGCUACCGGUGUUUUACUGGCCGUGAGUUGAGUGCAUCAAAUUUGCACCAGAGAAGACCAGACAAGCUUUCAUUCUCAUUUGAAGAGUUCUGCUGUAUUGUCACUGAAUGCAAGCGCCAGAGGCCUUCAGUGGUGUCCUCACUAUGCACUGCACUGUUUAACCCAUUUCGAUGGAUUGCAGAGAAAUUUGGCUCGCAGAAGGUCACACAUGCUGACUGUGUAGAUGUUCAUGAUAUCUAUCUUGGUGGAAGCUGUGGAGACACAAACUGGAGGGAAGACAUUGCACUUCCACUCAUAAAACGACAUGGCGUGUCCUUCCACAACCCGCAUGUCACUGAAUGGUACAACUCUCUAAUUCCCAUGCAGGUUGCAGAGAGAGAGAAGUGCCGUCUGAUGCUCUAUGUCAUCACAAAUACAACACGAGCUGUUGCAGCUAUGGUUGAGGCUGCAUAUUAUAUUGGUCUUGGCUGCCGUGUGGUUCUGUGCUUGCAAAAACUACAGCCUAAUAUUCCUAUCAGCAGUGAAGAGGUAACCCAUUGUGCACUUCAGGAUUAUAACCGGGGUCGUGCAUAUCUGAGUGACAUGGCCAGCCGUGAAGGUGUUCCUGAGUUUGAAGAUGUUGCCGAGGCUGUAGAGUGUGCCAUAAACCAGAUAAAUGAAAUGCACAGCUUGCAAGGAACAUAAUGUAGCUUUCAUACUUUAGGAUUGAAAGGAUUUACUUUUCACAUCUCCACCAUUUUUUAUCAGAUGAAACAUGCAGCCACACUUGGUGCUUUGAUAAGCACUUUGGUCUGUAUUCUGCAACACUGACACAGACCGUGUGUGUGUGUGCACGGGUACUUGAAAAGUAAGACUGCGAGCAGUGUCUAAAAGGUGAUGCAUUUAUAGGCGAGGACUGCAGAGUGUCCUGUGCAGCACCUGGAGUUGAGCAAACUUUGUAUAGGGGGCAUUGUGAUCAUCUUUUUGUGAUGUCUUGUAGUCACCAAGCUUCCUUUGUUUAAUUUGCCAUCGAAGUGUGAUCCUUACUCAGAGUCAUUACCUGGACAUUCUUCUGUAUUGCAUUUGGUAGUGAUAUUUUUCCAGGCCAUCUCCUACCUCAUAUUUUCAGCGCUACUGCUUGCUGAGAACAGUAAAAUAAUGCUUACCAUCUUAUGUAUUUAGGACAGAUCAUCUUCCUUUCCCCAUCCAAUAUCUGAUUAGGAUUUUCUUUUUCUUUUCUACAAAAAGCAAGAAAUAUGCAGAAGCUGGAAAAAGCUGAGUCAUAAAGCAAGAUGUCUAUGUCAAGCAAAUAAUAUUGGCUGUUGGGCAGGCAAAAAUGUGUUAAGCAUUAGAUGUUUCAAGGGGUGUGAAAUAAGCUAUUCAAUGAUACUGGGACAAGAUGCUUCAAACCAUCAGCAAAAUAAAAUGGUUAUGCUGUCAGAUUAAAAACAGAUAUAAGAAGGAAAUAAUUGAGACGUAUUAAACCUUUGAGCUGAUUAUUGUCUAAGAGUAGAUGGAAGCAGUGGCAAAUACUUGCGAGGAACCUUUGCAGCCUGCAACUACAAGUGUUGUAAGAACUUUGGGGUGGGGGGCAGAGAUACCGAAGAGGCAAGAAUGUGUCAUUUAAGGAUGGAGUUUACACCCCUAAAAGCCAAGCAUCUUCCUGCGCCACUGCAAGGAGUCAGGAGGGUCGUUCUUUAACUUUCACAGGUUGAUGCCAGCCAUCAUUCCUAAAAAGAGUUGCAUUAGUUGAAAUGGUUUUUUUUUUUCUUUUUGAAAUGUUUUAAAAUGGAUUGCUCAUGCAUUUACUGGAUGAAAUUGAGAUUGCUCCAUGUCGAUUUGUGUGUGCAAGUCUCCUUGAUAUGCAUUGUGCUGUUGUGUGUAGCAGGUUGACCCAAUCUUCCUUUCAUCUUCAAAAGGUUGAAUAAGAUUCCCAUAACUCAUUUUAUGACGAUGUGACAAAACUUACAGGCAUAAAUAAUCCUUGGAAUUCAUGCCCUUCUCAUGUGAUCAGUGUCACAUUAUCUGUGUGCACAUUUUGUUUACAAGUAAACUUUUUUGGAGGGGGGAGGGACAAGGAAGUAAUAUUCUAGCACUUUAUUGUUUAAUAAAUCUGGGAAGUGUAUUAAGGCCCCUGAUUUCAUUAAAUCUACAGUUUUAUGAGAUUUUACACCAUUGAUGUUUCCAUGUUGCUGCACUUCGCAUGACUGGCUGCCGACCUUCACUCUAACAGGAAAAAGGCAUACCAUAAAAUUACAAAACAAAAGCUUAAGAUGGAUCGCUUCCUUAAUUUUCAUGUGUUAACAUCAAAGCACCCUAUGCAGGAAGAGGUAAUCAGCAAGUGAUGGUGGUGGUUAAAUCAGCCUGCUACACAACUAUCUAGUGCUGAAACCAUUGUGAUCACAGACUUCAGAUGAUGCAUGUGUAGGACAGCAUCAGGAAGCAUUUCCAAUGUACUUGACCAGCUUCGUUGAAAAUUGAAAGGUGCCUUACCUGUGGAUCCAAGCUCGCUAAGCCAGUCAUUUUGAAAUAGCCAAAGUUUAAAUACAAAAUUCUUUGUCAACAAUAGUUUAUACAAUGCUGUCAGAAUGUAGAGAUCAAGUGUGUGACAUGGAAAGAGAUCUGUAUCUUCAUCUAUUUAGAACAAAUUAUUUUGAGAAUGACUAAGAUUGGGUUAACAAUGCUCUUUUGGUUUUUGCUUUGGGACAUUUUAAGGUUAAGUCUGGGAGUCAUGAAGUCAUGAAAAUGAUUGUAGCAUUGCAGUGAAGUACUUGUGAAAUAGCUUGUAAACGCCAGUGGUGAAUGUCUAAUGUGUACCUGUUAUUGCUUUCAUUUUGAUUGGAAGCCUUCACAGUAUACAUAUGUGAAGCAGAUAUGAUUAUGUUGCAUGUUUGCAAAACAAUUUUUUUUUGGUGUGUGUGUGGAGGGAGAAUGGAAUGUGUCAGACAGGCAAGAUCUGUAGUGUAAAUCACACACAUUCUCUGUUGAAAGCCAUCAAUGGUGCUCAAAUUGUAUUAUGAUCUGUGAUGCUUGAGAACCUGGGACUUUUGAGUAUCUUAAUUAUUGUAAUUUUCUUAUCCUUUGCAAGAUUUUUAUCUUUUGAGCAGUACUCGAUUCACUUGUGCCCUUACUUGUCCCCGUUUAGCAAUUAGGUCUUGUAUAAUUGUGUACAUAAGCAUUUCUAAUGUUUUUGUAACUUUUUUGCAAUGUGGCUUUAAAUGAUUAAAACACUUUUUACAAAGCAGAAAAGAUAAUAAAAAGCCGUGGUCGUCUUGAACUAGCAUAA